CUAAAAGUAUUACAUGUAGUUGGCCUACUUGCGACAUACCUUGUUUAUACUUACCACUAGCAUUUAGAACAACAGAUAAGCAAUUUUAGGUCUUAAUAAGUAGAGAUAACGGCGGCAUUUUAUCUGCGUUAACUGCCAAAGACGACAAAAAUGUCUCCCGCGUACGUUUUAUUAUCUAUUACCAUACUCCUGUCGAGCACGUUCGGUGCGCGUGUCUCGUCAUCGAUCACCCGGCAACAACACAACUAUAUCACAGAGGUCAGCAGUGUGGGCAGCAAUGCCAAUAAAGUAGGUGACAGCGUGUGUUCAUUGUGUGUUGAGUUUGCUGGACAAGCAGUUAACGGUCUCUUACAGUUUAUUCUCCAGGUGGGUGUUGUCGACUCGUGUGGAGAUCUUUGUCAAGCGUUCGCUGACAAGAUCGGAAAUCAGGCUAUCGGUUUUGUUUGCACCAUCCUGUGUGAUGUGGUAGGAGUGAAGGAAUUCGUAAACAUUAUACAGAAGGAAGAUCUAGAUCCCAUAUAUUACUGUGAACUGAUUCCAGUCUGUCCCGUUAACGACAAUGGUGAUGCAAAGUUCACUACUUUCGAAAUUGAUCCGAAAUCAGGACCACAAGGUGUUUUCGACAUUUCAUUUGAGUAUGUAUCCAAGAACGGCACUGGCACUGGACAAAUCAGCCUUGACCUUGACACUGUAGAUGGAAUUCCUCUUGGUCAGAGUUUUCUACAUGAGCUUGCCCCUGCUGGUACAUACGACGGAACGUUUAAACUUAAUGCAGAGCCUGAUCCAGACUGUGACCCCACUGCGGGACCGUGCGAACAGUGGUUACCUGGAAACUAUACAGUCAAAAUGGCCAUUUGUAACGGAGAGUGCGGGAGCAAGCAUCCUAACAGCGCCAUCUAUGACGUGGCGUCAGCCACUUUCACUAUAACCGACAACAACUCAACUUAAAUUGAACUUGUUGCUUUGAGACUAAAUAAAGAUACCAAAACCAC